GCAGAUGCAGAUUACUUUCAUUUUCGAUUUACUUGCUCUGUUGACUAAGGCCAACCUCGUCCCUGAAAUAUUCUCAGCUCUGUCUGUUUCUGGCAUCUUAGACUGAACCAGAUUUUCACCUCGUCAUCUUAAAAAUCGACCCUAAAAGUUAAAACAAUGGAAGCUUCAGCCUGGCAGACCAAGUUAUCUUCCUUCAAAGAACGUAAUAUGUACGCAUACGACAAGUCCUUGUUCUUUGAUGUAGAGUUGUCUGUGAUGGAUGCUAAUGGAGACAAAGUCACAAUCCCAGCACACAAGUACGUCCUGGCUAUCAGUAGUCCUGUCUUUGAGGCCAUGUUCUACGGAGAAUUAGCAGAGACUGGACGAACUAUCGAGCUGCCAGAAUGCACCAAGGAAGGACUACAAGAAAUGCUUCGAUACGUGUAUUCAGACGAGGUCAACUUAACCGGAAGUAAUGUUUUGGAAGUGCUUUAUGUAGCAGAGAAGUAUAUGCUGCCGUUCCUGAAGGAGAAAUGUGAGGAAUAUCUUGAAAAGGAGCUUAAACCAGAAGAUGUGUUCUACGUAUUACCACAAAUACGCAACGAGAAGGUUGAACAGAAAUGCUGGGAUAUACUGGAUAAUGAUGCUGAAAGAGCUGUGUAUUCUGAGGCAUUUCUGAAUAUUUCAAAGGAAAUGUUGUGCAAAGUGCUUGGUAGGGACACCAUGUCCAUUGAUGAAGUGGUUUUAUUCCAAGCAGUGGAAAAAUGGGCCUUGAAUAAACUCAAAGAAAAGGGUUUGGAAGAGAACAGGAAGAAUAAGAGAGCAGUACUUGGGGAAGAAGUGAUCAAACUCAUCCGAUUUCCACUCAUGUCAGAAACUGAGUUCGCUGAGAAGGUAUUACCUUGUGGGAUUCUCAAGAUGGAUGAAGUUACUGAAGUAAUUCGGUUUUUUAAAAAGUUAGCUCUGCUAACUAGUUCAUUUAGCAAUACGAUUAGAGGUAAAUGUAAGAGUAAUAAUUAUUGUUUUACACCCAACACAAGGUUCGACUCACUUGCAGCACCCACUGGUAUUGGCAGUGCUUGGGCAUAUACCAGUACAAAAAGUGAUGCAAUUGAUUUUAAGGUAAACAAACCCCUAUCCCUCGCUGGCAUAACACUUUUUGGAAGUAAUGGUUCCACUUAUACAGUUUCUUUGUCCUUGUAUAAAAGUGAUGAAAAAAUCAGGCAGGUUUGUACCUCCAUCCCAAUUGUAAGUAAGCAGAUGAGUGGAUACCAUGGAUUAAAUAUCAUGCUUGGCGAACCUGUUCCUCUAGAACCAAAUGUUGUUUACACUAUCGAAGCUAAGAUAUCAGGACCAUCCUCAUAUUAUGGCCACCUGGGUAAAACUACUGUUCAUUUUGAAGAUAUCGUAAUAACGUAUCUGAAUUCAAAUAAAUCGACCAAUAGCACAACAGCACAACGGGGUCAAUUCCAUUCACUGGCCUUUAAAAGACGUUAGAAAGCCAUACAACUCGAACACAUCAGAUGUGAGUUACAUGUAGAUAUUUCAACAUUGUCCUACUUAACAUUAUAUACAAAGUCUGUAUUUUAGUUUUAACUUUUUUUAAACGCACCUAAGACAGUCUGCCAGUUUGCUACCUUCUAACUUAUCAAUCAGUGUUCUUUACAAAACAAGCUGUUUUCAAAUAAUGAAAUACGACUUGCUGUAUAGAUGUGGUUAGAUAGUUCUAAGACUUCAAUUCUAAUAAUUCUAACGUGUCUAUCAUUUAUCGAAUCGUUUCGCCUGCCACGUGUAUAAGCACGAUAUUAAACCGGCAAUAGCAGCAUAAUUGAAUUCCCUAAUGAGGCAUAAACUCUUUCCCUCCCCCCAUUAGGAUUGAAAUUCUCACCCGUCCAGUUUUUCCUAAUCUCGAUACUUUAAUAUUUAUUUAAACUUUAGAAUCACUUUAACUUUCCUGACAUGAAAUAUGGCAUCCUGUACCAUUGGUGUAUAAAAAGUUUGAGUUAAUUAAUCCAUAUCAAUGUAAAUUUUAAAUACGACUGAAAGAUAAAGCUAUAAUACUCAA